GAGGAGGGUACUGCCAUGAAAGAAAACAUGGAAAGGCGGUAACGAGAAAAAACAAACAGAACAACGUGAGAUAAAUAGGACUACGGCUGCAAUAUUUUAAGUGAAUUAAAUUCCUUGUGGACUUCCUCUCAAUGAUGUAUGUCUUCACAUCUUCAGACUACUGGAAAUGUUGAAAAAGGAAGUCACCCAAAGAUCAGAAAUCUUCCUCUGCGGUCAGGUUUGGCGUCUGUCUGGUCUCCCGUCAGCUUAACUUCCUCCACAUCAGCUCCAAGAUCACUUGGCUCAGCAGGUUCUCCAGCCAUCUGCAGUCAGAUUAACCGAUUCAUUUACUGUAUAUGAUGCCACCAGUUUAAUACGCUGUUGUUUCAUUUAACGUGUUAGCCGAGUGUCUGAUUACGUUAGCUCAGCGCUAGAAACGCGUCCGCCAAAAACAGUUUUCCGUUUAGAAACGGCUAGACAGCAUGAACGUGCACUCGUUCGUGUAAUAUGUUAUGUCACCUUAAGUACUGCACACAAGUUGUUUGUGGAUCUUUUUUUCCUCUCCAAAGUUUAGGCCAAGUUUCUGUUCCUCAGAGAACUUGAGAAAGCGAAAGUACGCAGGACGUAUUCUCAGGGGUGCGUAAUUACGCAAGAGCCCUGCGUCAGAGCACUGCGUCAUAUUCAUAUUAACCUAUGAUAUUAACAUGUUAUCAAACUCCACAGUUUAUCACAAUAAAAACCUCCACAGUUCAUCCAACAUAUCAGACAGACAGCUGGACUCAGCCAGUCUUCUAGCAUGGUACAUGGAAGGGGGUUGGUCCAUCGGGGGACAUGGUGUCAAGUUUUUUGGGGAAAGGACAAUCAUUCACCAUGCAGUCCUCCUGUGCCAGGUGUGGCUUUGUGGUCUACCGGCUGAGAAGAUCAACUGCAUUGACCAGAACUGGCAUAAAGGGUGUUUUCACUGUGACGUCUGUAAGAUGGUGCUCACUGCCAAUAACUUUGUCAGCCACAUGAAGAGGCCAUACUGCUCUGUACACAAUCCGAGGAACAACACAUUCACGAGUGUCUAUGCGACCCCCAUCAACAUCAACGCAAAGAAGCAAAGCAAGGCGAGCAGUGAGCUGAAGUAUCGCGAAGAUGGCGAGCGCUUCAUGUCCACCUUCCACCAUGACAUGAAGUCCAUGGAGCUGGAGGAGGCUCGCCUAGCCAGCCAGAUGGCCGGCCAGAUGGCCAGCCAGACCUUUCAGUCUCAGUCUGAGUUCUCCCAGCAGCAGUCAUGGUACUCAGGCAUGGUGACCAACCAGGAGGUAGUAACGAUGUCUCAGGCCGAGAAGACCCUCAAUGAUGUGAAGUACACAGAAGAAUAUGAGCAGUCGAAAGGCAAAGGAAGCUUCCCUGCUAUGAUAACACCAGGUUACCAGGCUGCUAAGACAGCCAAUACUUUAGCCAGCAGCCUGGAAUAUAAAAAAGGACACGAGGAGAGAGUUUCAAAAUACACCACGUUUGUUGACCCCCCAGAGGUGCUUCUUGCCAGGAAACAAGGACAAAUUGUUAGCGAUUAUGCCUACAUAGAAGAGUAUGAGCAGCAGAGAGGUAAAGGUAGCUUUCCUGCACAUCUUACACCUGGAUACCAGAUGUCAAAGAAGGCCAGUGAGCAGGCCAGUGAUAUUAAGUAUCGUCAGAUGUAUGAACAGGAGAUCAGGGGUAAAGCCAGCGCUGAGGCAGCGAUAGCUGAAGCAGUUCACGCCAGAGACAAUGCAGCGAACUUCAGCCAGAUCGCCUAUACCGAGCAGUAUGAGCAGCAACGAGGCAAAGGAAGUUUCCCUGCCAUGAUCACUCCUGGUUAUCAUCUCGCAAAGAAGGCUCAGGAAAAUGCUAGCAAUCUAAAAUACAGGAAGGACUUAGGCAAGAUGAAGGGCACCUCACACUUCCAUAGCCUGACAUCUGAGGACAAUCUUGCCCUAAUGAACGCCCGCAAGAUCAACAAGAUUGUCAGUGAGGUGGAGUACAAGAAGGACUUGGAGAACACCAAAGGUCACAGCAUCAAUUUCUGUGAGACACCACAGUUUCAAAAUGCUGCUAAAAUCGCCAAGUUCACAAGUGAUAACAAGUACAAAGAGAAGUACAUCAGCGACAUGAAGGGCCACUAUGAAGACUCAGGAAUCGAUAAGAAGACCAUGCAUGCCAUGAAAGCCAGGAAACUGGCUAGUGACAUUUCUUAUAAACAAGGCUGUGAACAGGAGCAGGGUGAAUACAACUACCCAGCCACGCUCACACCAGGCUACCAAAGCCAAAGGAAACUGGACCCACUAAAAGACAAGAACUACAGGCAGCACAUCGGCCAGGUCAAGUACAGCCAGACAACAGACACACCUGAGAUUGUGUUAGCAAGGAAAAACGCUCAGCUGGUCAGCAAUCAAAACUACAAAAAAGGCUAUGAAAAGACCAAACAUCAGUACACGCUGUCCCAGGACCUGCCCCAAAUCAAAGCGGCCAAAGCCAAUGCUGCCUUGUGCAGUGAUAUUAAAUAUAAGGAGGAGUGGGAGAAGAACAAAUCUAAAACCUGCGACAUGUCAAAUGUCAUGAGUGUCAAAGCAGCUAAGGCUUCCCGUGACCUCGCCAGUGACAUUAAAUACAAAGAGACCUACAUGAAGAACAGGGAAAAGGCAGUGGGCUUCAACACGAGCGACUCCAAGACUCUGCACUCUCUUCAAGUGGCCAAGAUGAGCAGUAAUAUUGAGUACAAGAAGGGCUCCAAAGAGAGCCAGUCCCAGUACAGCCUUCCUCUGGACAUGAUCAACCUGAGCCACGCCAAAAAGGCUCAGGCCCUCGCCAGCGACCUGGAGUAUCGCACCAAGCUGCACGACUACACCGUCAUGCCUGAUGACAUCAAGGUCCAGCAGGCCAAAAAGGCUUAUUCCCUGCAAAGCGAGAACCAGUAUCGUUCAGACCUGAACUGGAUGAAAGGAGUGAGCUGGGACACUGAAGGAUGUCUGAACAUUACCCAGGCCAAGAAAGCUGGAGAUUUGCUUAGUGAUACUAAAUACCGGCAGAAGGCAGACAGCAUCAGGUUCACCCACGUGGCGAAUGAUCUCUCCAUCGCACACGCCAAGAAGAGCCAGGAACUGCAGAGCGACCUGGCGUACAAAGCAGACAAAGAGCAGAUAAUACACCAGUACACCAUGUCAAAUGAUGAGCCCCUCUUCAGACAAGCAAAGGCAAACGCUAACCUUCUUAGUGGGAAAGUGUACAAGAGCAACUGGGAGAAGCAGAGGGAAAAGGGCUUCGAGCUGCGUUUGGACUCUCUCUCUAUACUCACCGCUAAAGCCAAAAGAGACCUGGCCAGUGAUGUCAAAUACAAGGAGAAGCAUGAGAAAAACAAAGGCAAGGUGAUUGGCAUUAAGUCGGUCAGCGAUGACUCUCAGAUGGCUCACUCCGCUCUGGCUACCAAACUACAGAGUGGCCGCUAUUACAAGAAGGACUAUGAGGACACUAAGACCAAAAACAGCGUUUAUCUGGAUAUGCUGAACAUCAGCCAUGCAAAGAAGGCUCAAGGCCUGGCAACCGAGACCAACUACAGGACUUUCCUUCAUGAGUAUACGACUCUGCCAACUGACAUGAACGUCGCCUGGGCCAAGAAGGCCUAUGGACUACAGAGCGAGAAUCAGUACAGGUCAGAUCUGAACUGGAUGAAGGGCGUCGGCUGGGAGGCCGGAAAAUCUCUGGAUGUCCAGCAGGCGAAGAAAGCCGGAGACCUUCUCAGCGAGAAAAAGUACCGCCAGGGUGUGAGUGGUCUGAAGUAUACCAGUGUUGAAGACACUCCAGAGAUGGUCCAAGCCAAACUCAGCAACAAACUGGCUGUUGAUAGGUUGUACAGGGAAAAGGGUGAAAACAUGAAGCACAACUACACACUCAGCGGAGAGCUGCCUGAAAUGGUUCAAGCCAAGCUCAAUGCUAUUAACCUCAGUGAGAGCUGUUACAAGGAAUCUUGGAAAAAGAUACGUGAUGGCGGUUACAAGUUGCGUCUGGAUGCCAUACCUUUCCAGUCUGCCAAAGCGUCUACAGAGAUCCUCAGUGAUCAAAAGUACAAAAAAGAAUUUGAGAAGACCAAAGGGAAGAUGAUCGGACUGAAGGGACUGCAGGAUGACAUGAGCAUCGCUCACUCGGUCCAUGCCAGCGCGCUGCAGAGCGAUCUUAAGUACAAGCAGGACUCUGCAAAGGAGCUCUCGAAGUUCCACCUGCCCAUGGACAUGCUGGAGGUCUCCCACGCUAAAAAGGCCCAGUCGCUGGUCAGCGAUCAGGACUACAGGCUCAACCUGCAUCAGUACACCUCGUUUGCUGACGACAUGAAGGUGGAGGCGGCCAAGAAAGCGUACGCUCUACAGAGCGAGAAAGUGUAUCGCUCUGACCUGAACUACCUGCGUGGUGCAGCCUGGAUUGCCACCGGGGCUCUGCAGAUUGAAGGCUCCAAGAGGGCCACAGACCUCAUAAGUGAUAAAAAGUACCGUCAGCAGCCGUACAACUUCAAGCACACCUCUGUCACAGACUCUCCGGAUAUCGUCCAUGCCAAACUCAGUGGACAGAUCACAAAUGAGCGUUUGUACAAAGAGAAAGGGGUGAGUGACCAGCAUAACUACACUAUAACAGCUGAGAGACCAGAGAUCACACAAGCAAAGAUCAAUGCAGCCAACUUUAGUGAGAUCAAGUACAGAGAGUCCUGGAACACUCUGAGGGCUCAGGGCUACAAACUCACCAUGCAGGACAUCCCCUUCCAGGCUGCCAAGAGCUCCACAGGCAUCGCCAGUGACAACAAGUACAAACACAACCACCUGCUGGAAAAAGGGAAGCACAUUGGGUCCAAAAGCGUCUCGGACGACCCGCUUCUCCUGCACUGCCAGCAGGCGGGCCGGCUGGCCAGCAACCAGGAGUACCGCAAGGACGCGCUGACAUCCAGCGGGCAGUACCACCUCACCCCAGACAUGAUUCACCUGGUGACGGCUAAGAAUGCCCAGGCCCUCGCCAGCGAACAGGACUACAGGAAGAGACUGCAUGCGUACACAGUGCUUCCUGAUGACAUGAAGUGGGCCAAAACGGCUUACGACCUGCAGAGUGAGAAUCUCUACAAGUCAGACCUCAACUACAUGAAAGGAGUGGCCUGGGAUGGUGUGGGUGCACCUCAGAUGGAGUCGGCUAAGAAGGCUGGAGCACUUAUAAGUGAUAAGAAGUAUCGUCAGCUGCCAGACAGCCUAAAGUUCACCUCAGUGACUGACUCUCCUGAUAUUCUCCACGCUAAGGCGAGCUAUCAACAUUGCAGUGAGAGGCUUUACAAAUCUGGAAAGAAUGAUGACAUGCACAAGUACACUUUACACUCGGAUGAUCCAGACUUCGUCAGAGCCAAGAUGAAUGCUCAGCAGAUUAGUGAUAAAGUUUACAAGGCGUCUGGAGAGCAGGUGAAGACAGCGGGCCAUGACCUGAGGCUGGAUGCUAUUCCCUUCCAAACGGCCAAGGCCUCCAGAGAAAUUGCCAGCGAUUUCCGCUACAGGGAGUCUCACCUGAAGGAGAAGGGCCAGCAGGUGGGGCUGCGCUGUGUGGAGGAUGACCCUAAGAUGGUGCACUCCCUGGCAGCCAGCAAACUCCAGAGCAACCUGGAGUACAAACGCCAGUCCAAGGAGGACCGGGGCCACUACAAAAUGCAUGCCGAUCAGCCCGAGUUCCUGCAGGCCAAAAAGAGUCAGGCUCAGGCUAGUGACCUCACCUACCGCAGCAAGCUCCACGACUACACCUGUGACAACGAGCAACUCAAUGUCAAGCAUGCCAAGCAGGCCUACAAGCUGCAGAGUGAUGUGAACUACAAGUCAGACCUGAACUCAACUAGAGGAGUUGGCUGGACCCCUCCCGGCUCCCACAAGGUCGAGCUGGCCCGCCGGGCUGCAGAGCUGGGGCUGGCUGAGGGAGUCACCACUGACGAGGCUAUUGCAAAUUAUCAGCACAUGAUGAUGAUGCAUCGCCAGCAGCAGAUGGAGCAGAUGGAGCAGCAGCAGCACCAGACUUCACAGCAGGUGGAGACCAGCGAGGAGACUAAACAAGGCGUCAACAUGGACGCCAUGGAGGUCCUUCACGUCAAGAGGAAAAAGACCAUCCAGACCGUCCAGAAAAAGUCCACCAGCACCACCUCAUCCUCGUUUAAAUCCAUGGAGAAGAAAUCCAGCACCACCUCCUCCUCCUCCUCCUCAUCGGCUGCCCUCCAGAACACAGUGAAGACAUCUAUGUCUAGUAAAGCUGCUGCGAUAAAAGAAGAGUGAGUAAACUCAGAUGAGUUUUUAUAGACGAUAGUGUUUAGAGAUGGCCACUUUCAGAAAGUGUGGCUAACUUUACAAGUGGUAUUUGUGGUAUCUACUUUGACGAAAUGACUGUUGUGACUCUGUAGUUACAUGAGAUGCCACAUCGAUGUGGCAUACUACAUGAGCUACUGUAGGUGCAAUAAUGAAGUGUAAAAGGAAGUUGAAAUGAUUUCUGAGGGUAUUACGCAUGUUGAAUCAGGACAGGACUUGUCAAGUUAAAAGCAUUGUCAAUGUAUGUGGUGAGCAAAAAAGGAAUUCAGAAAGAAACUUUAUUUGUCAGAUUGAAAGCAAGUUAUUUUUUGUCAUUUUUUAAAAACAUAAAUGGUUUUAAAUUACCUCUAAAGAACCAUGUUCAACACCAGUUCAAGGAAAACAUCAAGAAUACCAAAACAGAUUUGGGUGUUUUCAGGACAAAAGUGAUGCUGUGUGAAAUAUGAAAGUUUGAAUUCUGUACAUCAAAUGUGUUUAGAAGAUAUUUAGCUGGGCUAGCUGUAUUGCCAGCACUGCAGAGGAUUUUUUUCAUCAUUUUUUAUUUAAUCUUUAGAGAUGAACACAGGCUGCGAGUUGAAAGGAACAAGGCGCAAACCCUGUUGCAGCCUUGCAAAACAUGCAGUUUUCUUCCGAGGUCUGCUAAUCUAGUGCACUUUGAGCUAGGCUCAGUGAGAAAUAAGUAAAGGCCUCCUGAAAUGAUGUGUGAUCUACAUUUUGUCUGGCAGGUUCAGCUUUUUGAGUUUGUAUCGAUGCCCCUUUUUAACUCAAAGCUGGGCUGUGAGUAAAUAUUUGGUUUUAUUGCUGAUAAAAUAAACUUUUCAA